AUGAAUUCAUCAAUAAAGAACGGAUCAUAAACCAAUAGUCGUUUUGAUAAUAAAAAUAACGAAAACUUAUAGUAAUAAACUUUCAAAGAUUCUUAAAUAUAAGCAUAAGCAUAAGCAGAAAUUCAGUAUUACAUCUAUUAGGACUUACAAAACAUAAUCAAUUUAAUAUAAUCAAGAAAAGCUGUCCUUGAGCAUUUUAAAAAUGAUCCAAAUCAUGGCAUGAUUACAUAGAGUAAUAAUAAAUUAAUUUUAUAAUUAAAUUUAUCAAAUGCAAUACACUCGGAGUAAUAAUAGAUAUACAAGGAAUAACCCUAAUUGAUUGAAUUUUUAUAAAAAGAAAGAAAUAAAGCUUAUGAAAUACUUGAAAAGAUUAUUGACAAUAAUGAUUAAUUGUUGAAUAGUAAUUAAAACAAUGAUUAUUUCAUACCAUAUUAUUUACAAAAAUACAAAUUACGAUAUGCAAAAUAAGAGUUUAAGUUAGAAGAUUAGUUUCCAUUAUAAGACACAAAUUAAGUAGCAAAAUUUGAUGAAGGAGUACUAUAAAAUAUGAUUUCAUCAAUAUCAAAUGUCGAUAAUCAAAUUCAAUAAAUAAGAAUGAAUAAAUCUUAUAGGGUUCCUGAUCCAAAUGAAAUUCAAUUAAAAGCUAAGUAUAUCAUUAUAAUAUUUUAGUGA